AUGCGCCGCUCCCUCUCCGUCGCCGUCGCCCCGGCCGACCCCAUCGUCCACAUCUACCGCGGCCUCCUCCGCCAGGCGUCCUACCUGCCCCCCAUAUGCCAGCCAUACAUCAGACAACAGAUCGUCUCCCGCUUCCGCCGACACGCCGCCGAUCAGCCCACCUGCCUACAGACAAAACGCCGCGUCCGCCAGGCCCGCCAUGACCUCCGCUUCCUGUACGCGGCCAACAACGGCCUCGUGGACAAUCUGUACCGCAUCCUGCUCCUCGUCUUCGGCAGGACCGGCAGCAGGAGGAGGCUGCUUAUCCACGCCCUCCUGCGACAGGACCCGCCCGCCGACUCUGCCCAACUCGAAGCCGCAAUCGCACGCGAUACAGACUCCAGGACGUACACCGCAAAGGACGGCUCCCUCGCCCAGCGGCCCCCAGACUGGCUGGAUAAGUGGGACACCCGCAAGCUGCGAGCACUUGCCGUCUCCCAGGCCAAGCGCGGCCCAGUCCACAGCCCCAGGCCCGAUAUCAAGCCCAGCCAGACAGACCCGGCCGCCAGGCUGCCCCGCAUCGACAUCUGGGAGAGGCCACUGCCGGCCAAACUGGCCCGGAGCAAGCUGCGCAAGGAGUACGUGCGGCUCAUCAAUCGCAUCCUGCCCCCGCUGCCCACCAGCGACUGGCAAACCCUGCGCGCCCUGGCCCUGGGCCACGCCGACAGCAGCGCUCUGUGCCAGAUGCCGCCCAGACGCCAGCCCGCCGCUCCUCUGCAUGGCGACCACGGCGACCACGGCGCAAGCACACAGUGGCGUUGGCACGCCUACGCCACCGAGCCCGUGCGGUCUGUUGACCGGGCCAGCUCCAGAUCCCAGCGUGGCCGCACUGGUCACCCGGCGCCGGGCCCGCACGGGCAAAGCGCCCCCAUCGGCCUGCGCAGAUACACGCCCAGGUUACUGAGACGGCUGUAUGCCAAGGUAUGGGAGAUGACCCCCACCAUGGAAGCGAAGCCCGGCGUGGAGGGCAAGUGGGACAUCGCCUGGGGCAAGGUGUCCAAGGACGUCCCUAUCGCGGCGGCCGCACAUGCCACUUUCUUCGACGGUGCCCCUGAAGUCACCAGGACGGGGAAGAACAGGGCCAGGCAACUCUAG